GCUUCAGGAUUUACUGGAUGUGACAAGCAAAGAGAGGAGCAUUCAGCGGAGCUCUACUCGCAGCCUGGCUCAAGUGGUGGGAGAGCUCCUUAACCCGCAGCUUCUCUGACCAUCCAGUUGGCAACGACCUGCAAGCCAUGAGGACUGGUCAAAGACAGUGAGAGGACGUGAAAGGGUAAAUCCCUCUGCCCCGCAGUCUAAUCUCCUGCCCUGACGGCCCUGCAAAGCCAGCCAAAGGGUUAACCGUAAGCAGAUGCCUGUAUGGCUGCCUUACUGAUGCCACGGAGGAACAAAGGGAUGAGGACUCGACUGGGAUGCCUGUCUCACAAAUCAGAUUCGUGUAGUGAUUUCACAGCUAUUCUUCCUGACAAACCCAACCGCGCUCUCAAGAGACUAUCUACAGAAGAAGCUACGAGGUGGGCCGAUUCCUUUGAUGUACUUCUUUCCCAUAAAUAUGGGGUGGCUGCCUUCCGCGCCUUCUUAAAGACAGAAUUCAGUGAGGAGAACCUGGAGUUCUGGUUGGCCUGUGAGGAAUUCAAGAAGACCAGGUCAACUGCAAAACUGGUUUCCAAGGCCCAUAGGAUCUUUGAAGAGUUUGUGGAUGUGCAGGCUCCCCGGGAGGUAAACAUCGACUUCCAGACCCGAGAAGCCACAAGGAAGAACAUGCAAGAGCCUUCCCUGACUUGCUUUGACCAAGCCCAGGGAAAAGUACACAGUCUCAUGGAGAAAGACUCUUACCCCAGGUUCCUGAGGUCCAAAAUGUACUUAGAUUUGCUGUCUCAAAGCCAGAGGAGGCUCAGUUAGACUUCACAUGGGGACUCGGAAAUCACUGGCUUUCCCCUUCCCUGGCUGCCAAGACCAUAUUCUAAUGUGAAAUGUCCUAAGUGUUCAAAAGCAGUGGCGUUUGUGGUGGGAGUCUGGAGGUGAGGAAGGGACGAAUCCAGCUCCCAGGAUUCAAGCUCUAUUCCUUUUACCCAUGUUUGUGUUUUGGCUAGUGGUAGCACCUUGCUGCGGUCACCCUUCUCUGGGUCAGCCACUUGCCCUCCAUAAUGCCUUGGGUUAUCUCCACUGAGAAGGCACAUUUGCUAUGCUGGGCUAAUCUGUAAAUAAUGCCAAUGCAAUUUCUACUCCCUCCACACCCUUCUCAGUUAGAUUUCCUGACUCUCUACUUGUCCUAUGCCUCUGGGAGAAAUAGCUG